GCACUCUCGCCUUCAUUAUGACGUAUCCAUCACCACGGCCGAUAAGGCGGCUUCUUGUUGCCAACAGAGGAGAAAUUGCAACAAGAAUAAUAUCCACAGCUAGAGAGCUAGAGAUAGAAACCUAUUCCAUAUACACCACCGACGACAAAUCUCAUACCCUCAACGCGACCCACGCAAUCGAAGUGAGAUCCCCAGCUUCCUAUCUGGACAUCUCAGAGCUUGUACUACUCGUCCAGAAACACCACAUUGAUGCUGUUCAUCCUGGUUAUGGGUUUCUUUCUGAAUCACCUGAAUUCGCUCGACGGAUGUGGGAAGAAGCUGGGGCUUUGGUUAUCGGUCCUGGACCUGAGACGCUGGCGAGGACGGGGGACAAAUUGCAAGCAAGAUUACUGGCUGAAGAAUGCCACGUCCCUGUCUUACCCGCACUACCAAAUCCAACCAGCGAAGUUGCGGACCUGAAAGCAUUCGCAUCCUCAAUUGGGUAUCCGAUCGUUAUUAAGGCUGUCGAUGGGGGCGGAGGUCGCGGUAUCAGGAUUGUAAGAAAGGAAGAGGAGCUGGCUUCCUUGGCGAGGAGAGCUUUACAGGAGAGUCCGAGUGGGAAGGCAUUCGCAGAGAAGGCGGCUGUAGAUGGCUACAGACAUGUUGAAGUUCAGAUUAUUGGCGAUGGGAGGGGAAACGUGAGGCAUCUUUGGGAGAGAGAAUGUAGUAUCCAAAGACGGUUUCAAAAGGUUGUUGAAUUUGCUCCAAGUUCAAUACCAGCUCGGAAGCUUGUUGCAGAUGUGAUCAAUGCAGCCUUGAGAAUGGCAAGAAAGGUCAACUACUCUUCCUUGGGAACCUUCGAGUUCCUAGUCCGGCCAUCACCGCCAGAAUUCUACUUCCUCGAAGUAAAUCCCCGUCUUCAAGUAGAGCACACUAUUACCGAGUCCGUGGCUAUGGGAAUCGACCUCGUCAAAAUGCAACUCCUCCUAGCCCAAGGACGCCCUUUCUCCUCUCUCUCAAUUUCGAAUUUGCCCGAAGAUCCUGAAAACCCUCCACCAAUACACUCUCUCCAGCUCCGAGUCACUGCUGAAGACGUCUCAAACGAUUGGUCAUUGAGCGUUGGUAAAAUAAACUCCUUUCGUUUUCCAGCUGGGAACGGCAUCCGAGUAGAUACCCACCUUCUCCCAUCGCAAGCCGCAGUCAUCGGAACGGACUUCGACAGCCUAAUCGCCAAAAUUAUAAUCACCGCUCCGAAUUGGGAAGACGUAGUGAGGAAGGCAAAGCGAGCAUUAGCUGAUACAUACAUCGACGGUAUCAAAACCAACCUGGAUGUUCUCCGAGGCAUCAUAGCCAGCGAUGCAUUUGCAAACCAAGUCUGCGAUACGCAAUGGCUAGAGACCCAACUGCCUCACCUUCUCGAAUCCGGAAAACAGAUCACCAGUGCCCUAACCCGCAACUCUCAAAGCCUAGGUCCUCCUUCUCCUCCCCCAAACAGCAUCGCAGCUUCUUCAAACGUUCUUUUCCGGAAAGGCGACGCGUGGGCUAUAUCCCUAACUCCUGAAACCACGCAAAGUUCCGCAAUUGGGGAGUCGAUACCUAGUCAUCUGCAAGUGACUCGGGUCCUGCGCAACGAUUUCCCAACUUCUCUCACUGCGCAGAUUACAUAUACCACGCCUGCUACAUCCCCAACUUCUUAUCUGCUGACGCUCGCGUCGACGACUGCCUCCUUCGGGUCCAUCUCUAGCGCGGCGACGCACCGACGCGGCGAUCCGGCGAAUCGGAAUCAUGUUAUUAUCCCUUUUGCGGGGAAGCUGAUAGAGGUGUUAGUAGAAGAGGGAGACGAGGUGCGGACAGGCGAUGUGGUAGCUGUUGUAAGACAGAUGAAGAUGGAGUUGGAGAUUAGAGCAUCUCGUGGGGGUAAGGUUAUCUGGGUGUUUAAGGGCGAGGAGGGGGAUGAUGUCGGAGAUGGGGUUUUGCUCGCUGAGCUGGAUGAUGCUAGCGCGUCAAAGCUGUAAAGGGUACUAUGAGGGAAUGGGGAGGUAGAAUAUCCCAUCCUCUAUAACUAUACUUGUUGCAUACCUAGGUAAGGUAAGAAUGCCGAAGAAGGCCUACCUACCUAGGUAGGUAGUUUUGUCAGGGGCAAAUAUCACGUGAAAUCAAAUGAGAUCUCGC